UGGCAGGAAACUCCACGUCAGUAAGUCCAGCGCAGCUCCUGCUGGCCGAUACCUAGGAGAGGGGAUCCGGUAAUCGCUUAUAUCAGUUUUCCGGCUCCGUGCAAUCAUGCCUCUGAGACUAGACAUUAAGCGGAAGCUGACCGCUCGCUCGGACCGAGUGAAGAGUGUCGAUCUUCACCCCACUGAGCCGUGGAUGCUGGCCAGUCUGUAUAAUGGUAGUGUCUGUGUGUGGAAUCAUGAGACCCAGACCCUUGUGAAGACAUUUGAAGUGUGUGAUUUGCCAGUAAGAGCCUCGAAAUUUGUUGCUAGGAAGAACUGGGUCAUCACAGGAGCAGAUGACAUGCAAAUCCGUGUAUUCAACUACAACACUCUGGAAAGGGUUCACAUGUUUGAAGCACACUCGGAUUACAUCCGCUGUAUAGCAGUGCAUCCCACUCAGCCCUACAUUCUCACCAGCAGUGAUGACAUGCUCAUCAAGCUUUGGGACUGGGAGAAGAAGUGGUCCUGCAGCCAGGUGUUUGAGGGCCACACCCACUAUGUCAUGCAGAUCGUCAUCAAUCCAAAAGACAACAACCAGUUUGCCAGUGCCUCUUUGGACAGAACUAUUAAGGUGUGGCAGCUUGGGUCCUCUUCUCCAAACUUUACCCUUGAGGGCCACGAGAAAGGAGUGAACUGCAUUGAUUAUUACAGUGGAGGAGACAAACCGUACCUCAUCUCUGGAGCUGAUGAUCGCUUGGUGAAGAUCUGGGACUACCAGAAUAAAACCUGCGUGCAAACUUUGGAAGGACACGCACAGAAUGUGUCAUGUGUUAGUUUUCAUCCUGAGCUUCCCAUUAUCAUUACAGGCUCAGAGGAUGGCACAGUUCGCAUCUGGCACUCAAGCACGUAUCGUCUGGAGAGCACACUGAACUAUGGCAUGGAGAGAGUAUGGUGUGUGGCCAGUCUCCGGGGGUCCAACAAUGUGGCUCUAGGCUACGAUGAAGGCAGCAUUAUCAUCAAGCUCGGUCGGGAAGAGCCUGCUAUGUCCAUGGACACAAAUGGAAAGAUCAUUUGGGCCAAGCAUUCUGAGAUCCAGCAAGCCAACCUUAAAGCCAUGGGUGAUGCUGAAAUUAAGGAUGGAGAACGUCUGCCAUUGGCUGUGAAAGAUAUGGGAAGUUGUGAGAUUUAUCCACAGACAAUUCAGCACAACCCAAAUGGCAGAUUUGUGGUCGUCUGUGGAGAUGGUGAAUACAUCAUCUAUACAGCCAUGGCAUUAAGAAACAAGAGUUUUGGUUCUGCACAGGAGUUUGUUUGGGCACAUGAUUCUUCAGAGUAUGCAAUCAGAGAAAGCAACAGCAUUGUGAAGAUCUUCAAAAAUUUCAAAGAUAAGAAGUCUUUCAAACCUGACUUUGGUGCUGAAGGUAUCUAUGGUGGAUUUCUGCUGGGAGUAAGGUCUGUUAAUGGUUUGGCAUUUUAUGACUGGGACAACACAGAGCUGGUCCGUCGAAUUGAAAUUCAGCCCAAACACAUUUUCUGGUCAGACUCCGGUGAAUUGGUCUGCAUUGCUACAGAGGAGUCAUUUUUCAUUCUGAAGUACCUGUCAGAUAAGGUGGCAGCUGCACAGGAAUCCAAUGAGGGAGUCACAGAGGACGGCAUUGAGGAUGCCUUUGAGGUGCUAGGAGAAAUACAAGAAAUUGUAAAGACAGGGUUAUGGGUUGGUGACUGCUUCAUUUAUACCAGCUCAGUAAACAGACUAAAUUACUUUGUUGGUGGAGAAAUUGUUACUAUUGCUCACUUGGACAGAACAAUGUAUCUCUUGGGAUACAUCCCCAAGGAUAACCGGUUAUACCUUGGCGAUAAGGAGCUGAACAUUGUCAGCUAUUCCCUACUUGUUUCUGUGCUGGAGUAUCAGACUGCAGUCAUGAGGAGGGACUUUGGCAUGGCAGAUAAGGUUCUGCCCACAAUUCCAAAAGAACAGAGAACCAGAGUGGCACAUUUCUUAGAAAAACAGGGGUUCAAACAACAAGCCCUGGCUGUCUCAUCUGAUCCUGAGCAUCGAUUUGAACUGGCAUUGCAGCUCGGAGAGCUGAAGAUUGCAUAUCAGCUAGCAGUAGAAGCAGAGUCGGAGCAGAAGUGGAAGCAGCUCGCAGAGCUCGCCAUCAGCAAGUGCCAAUUUGGACUUGCCCAGGAGUGCCUUCACCAUGCCCAGGAUUACGGUGGCCUCUUACUGUUGGCCACUGCCUCUGGCAAUGCUACCAUGGUCAAUAAACUUGCCGAGGGGGCUGAGAAGGAUGGCAAAAACAACGUUGCCUUCAUGACGUACUUCCUACAGGGAAAACUUGAUCAUUGUCUGGAGCUCCUAAUCCGGACGGGACGCCUUCCCGAAGCCGCUUUCCUGGCUCGUACUUACCUCCCAAGCCAGGUGUCCAGGGUGGUGAAAUUAUGGCGGGAGAGCCUUUCCAAAGUGAACCAGAAAGCUGCAGAGUCCUUGGCAGAUCCAACAGAAUAUGAGAACCUCUUUCCAGGACUGAAAGAGGCCUUUUUGGCAGAGCAGUACCUUAAAGAGACCAGCCUUGGCCGAAUGAGACCGGCUGCAGAAUACCCACUUGUCACUCUGAAUGAAGAAAGAAAUGUGUUAGAAGAAGCCAAGGGUUAUCAACCCAAGGGAACAGCAGUUUUACAGGAGUCUGUUCUUCAAGAGGAAAUACCAGAAACAGAGCUUGCACCUGGACCUUCAUCACCUCAGGCCUCAGCUCCUGACCCCUUGCCAACAAAAGCAGACAAAGAAAAGACUUUGCAGGAGCUUGAGGAUGAUUUGGAUAAUCUGGACCUCGAUGAUAUUGACACCACAGACGUAAACCUGGAUGAUGAUUUCUUGGAUGAUUAAUCCUUGAGAUAGCACUACUAUUUAAGAGACCAAACCCUUUAUAUUUUUACUUUACCCGUGAAAAAAGUAAUAAGUAGAUUGUAGCACCACCACUAUUGAGUUUUAAUGAGGUGGUGUAGCAACAAAAAUGUCUGGUGUUUCUGAAUUUUGUAUCUUUAAAAUAUGGGAAUCGCUAUCUGAUAUGCUGAUACAUGUAUGCCUACUAAAAUGCCCAAUAAAUCACGUUCUUAAGACUUG